UCCCUAGGGCUACAGGGAGGUGGCGGUGGCUGGGCUACUUUAAGGCCGGCCCAGUGGCUGGCCCCCGGGGGCACUGUCUCUUUAAAAGGCUGUAUCUUGUCCAGCAGUUGCUGGGGGGAGGGGGGCUGUCGAUGACCAUUGUUUCUGGCUGGGGUGGUUCUGCCCCCUCCCCUUCUCCUCCUUCUCCGCCCUGCCCCCUCCUCCCUCUUCCUCCUCUCCACCCCCCCUCUCUCGCUCUCUCCCUCUCCCUCUCUCGCCCUCUCCCUCUCGGGCUCGGAGGCUGCGAGAGAGCGCGCGGCAUCGGAGACGCGGAGCUCUAUGUAGGCUCUUGCUCGCUGCAUUGGUGCACCCGCCUCCCGGGCACAAGCACACCUACCUAGAUUUAAUUGGCAAUUAAAGUAGUGUUGGGGGAAAGAAAAAAAAAAGGCAGGAGCACAAGAUGGCUGAGCUAGGCAGUAAGGGAGUGACCGCAGGGAAAAUAGCCAGCAACGUGCAGAAGAAACUCACCCGUGCGCAGGAAAAGGUCCUACAGAAGUUAGGUAAGGCAGAUGAGACUAAAGAUGAGCAGUUUGAGCAGUGUGUCCAGAAUUUCAACAAACAACUGACGGAAGGGACCAGGCUGCAAAAGGAUCUCCGCACCUACCUGGCAUCUGUCAAAGCAAUGCAUGAAGCCUCUAAGAAGCUAACGGAGUGUCUGCAAGAGGUGUAUGAACCAGACUGGCCCGGGAGAGAGGAGACAAACAAAAUAGCGGAAAACAAUGACCUGCUGUGGAUGGAUUAUCAUCAGAAACUGGUGGACCAGGCGCUUCUGACCAUGGACACAUAUCUAGGCCAGUUUCCUGACAUCAAAUCUCGAAUUGCUAAGCGUGGGAGGAAGUUGGUGGACUAUGACAGUGCCCGCCAUCAUUAUGAGUCUCUUCAGACUGCCAAAAAGAAGGAUGAAGCCAAAAUUGCCAAGCCUGUCUCGCUGCUUGAGAAAGCUGCCCCCCAGUGGUGCCAAGGGAAACUGCAGGCUCAUCUCGUAGCUCAAACUAACCUGCUCCGAAAUCAGGCUGAGGAGGAGCUCAUCAAAGCUCAGAAGGUAUUUGAGGAGAUGAAUGUUGACUUGCAGGAAGAGUUACCAUCUCUGUGGAAUAGCCGUGUUGGUUUCUAUGUCAACACAUUCCAGAGCAUCGCUGGCCUGGAGGAGAAUUUCCACAAGGAGAUGAGCAAGCUGAACCAAAACCUGAAUGAUGUGCUGGUGAGCCUGGAGAAGCAGCAUGGCAGCAAUACAUUCACUGUCAAGGCCCAGCCAAGUGACAAUGCCCCUAUGAAAGGGAACAAGAGCCCCUCACCACCACCCGAUGGUUCCCCAGCUGGCACCCCUGAGAUCAAGGUCAACCACGAGCCCGAACCAGCCAGCCUGGACACUCCUGGGGCUGCCAUCCCCAAGUCGCCGUCUCAGCUUCGAAAAGGCCCACCAGUCCCACCGCCUCCCAAACACACUCCGUCCAAGGAAAUCAAGCAGGAACACAUUAUCAGCUUGUUUGAUGACAAUUUUGUCCCCGAGAUCAGCGUGACCACCCCCUCACAGUUUGAUGUCCCUGGACCAUUCCAGGAAAAUGCCAGCCUGUUGGAUCUGGACUUUGAUCCCAUCCCACCAGUUGCAAGCCCUGUGAAGGCACCUACGCCCUCUGGUCAGUCGAUUCCAUGGGAUCUCUGGGAGGCUGCAGAGAGUCCAGCUGGCAGCCUGCAGUCUGUGGAGCAGGGCCCUGCUGAUAGCGCCACCGAAGAGGGCGCAUUUCCCGUGGUCUGGCCCAGCCAGACCUCAGAGCCUGGGCCGGCCCAACCAGGAGAUGUGACAGAGGCUGGCGAGACGAAACCAGUGGCGGUAACUGAAGGAGCCAGUGAGACGGCGGCAGGUGACGGGGCCUCUAGCUCCCUGCCUGCUGUGGUGGUUGAGACCUUCCCAGCCACUGUGAAUGGAACUGUGGAGGGCAGCACUCCCUCCAAGAGGUCUGACUUGCCCCCGGGAUUCAUGUUCAAGGUCCAGGCACAGCAUGACUACACAGCCACUGACAGUGAUGAACUACAGCUGAAGGCUGGAGAUGUGGUGCUGGUGAUUCCGUUCGAGAACCCGGAGGAGCAGGAUGAAGGCUGGCUGAUGGGUGUGAAGGAGAGUGAUUGGCACCAGCAUAAGGAGUUGGAGAAAUGCCGAGGUGUUUUUCCUGAGAACUUCACAGAGAAAGUCCAGUGAGAGCUGCAGUCAUCACUCUUCUUUCAAGGGGAGUGAAGCUACCUUUUCCCCCCCUCAAAAAAAAUGUGUCUUUCUGGUUUUUUUCUUUUUUUUCUGUUGGGGAAAAAAUAGAAAGAAAAACAAGGAGAAAGAAGAGGAAGAACAGAAGCCACAAAACAUAAUGGAUGACAGCCAAAAUUUGAAUUUGUCAGAAUGGUGUUUUAAAAGUGUUAUUUUGCAGCUGAUGUAUCCCUGUAGUUGAGUUCCAGUGCUGAGAUACCCCUGCUCAGUUCUCAGUAGCGUGUGAGCCUUGAUCAGGGAACACUGGGUGGGAGAGUGACCUUGUUGGAGACAAACAACAGGGGGUACCCAAACAGUUAUGCUUGCCAGCCACUGUGGCCCAUCCCAGGGUGAACACCAUACACCCAUUUCCCUGGCAGCUGCUGUUGGCAUGGGUGUUUACAGGCAGCCCCUCCUCUAAUCUUGGCUCCAAAGAUCCUUCUCCAACCCCACUGACCAGGACAUCUGUUGUGCUGUUUGACAGUAAACCUAGUGUACAGUGUUAAACAAAAACAAAAAAAAUGCCACCAUAAAACUGCAAGAAAAAAAUCAAAACAACUAAACCCAAAACAAAUUGUGUGUUUCUUUUUUUUCCUCCCCUCCUCCCCAAUAAGUAUAAGUGGACUGUGAUUUGGGAUUUUUACUGUGAUGAAGGAAAGCUAAGGCAAGCCUUAGUUUAGAGUUAGAGCCUGCAUUUAAUCAAAGGGAAACCUCAUUCCUCCCAGCUGAAGCUUGAUACCUGGAGGGUUUCCCCUCUAAGUAGGGACAAAUUAAUGUGAAAGUGACCACUGGUCAGUGGUUCAAGAAAAGGAGGAGAAAAUGUGCUGAGGAAAAGGAGGCAAAAUUGGAGACAGAGGCAGCCUGUUUUCUUAAAAUUAUAGCCUUUCAAAGUUGUACCUUUAUAUUAGUAAGAGAGUGUAGCUCUUUGGGAACACAGAUCGGCCCUUUAUUUGUUGUUCUUGAAUGGGGUUGGCUUUUUUCCCAUGGAGAAUUCUGUAGACUGGCCAGGGUUAGAGCCACCUUCCUGGCCCUCUUGUUGGCUAGGGUCAGAGCUGUAUGAACUCUUUUAAACUCUAUUUAACAUUGGUGCAUGACAUUCUUAUCCUGUGGUUAGUCGUGGGGAGAAGUCUGAGAAGCGGAGUGGAACUCCGUGAAGGGGUGAAAGGUGUGAAAAUUCAGGCAUUCCCAUUUCUCCAUGGCUUUGCUUUGCUUCUGCAGAAGGGAAGGGGUUUGUGUUGGUCAGUACUAAGGAUAUUUGAACACGGAUGCAAACUAACCAAUACCACCUCUUUCUCUUGUUCUCUCCUAGUUUUCUUCUCCCUCUUCCCCCUCAUUCUCUCUCUCCUUUUGAUGUAAACUCUUCUCUUGGGAAAACUCCAUUUAGAACAGGUGGGGCCUCCACACUCAGGCUUCAGCCAGUCUGAACAAAAUUUGCCUACACGGGCAGAAAGAGCUCCCAGGGGCUGCUGGGUGUAGUUGUCGACAUUGCUCGUGUGAUUAAUUGGGGUGUUGGGGUGGAAGGCGGAGAUCCAGGAGCCAGCUUUGUGUUCUAGAGUGGGUUGAUUUCACUUGAAAGGGUCAUCUUCUCCAUUUUGCUCAGUGUUUUAUUUUUAAAAUGAAAAACAAAGCAAAACAAAAUGAAACAAAAAAACCUGUACUUCAUUGUCGUGUGUGUGUGUGUGUGUGUGUGUGUGUGUGUGUGUGUGUGUGUGUGUGUGUGUGUGUGUGUGUGAUCUUUCUUGUCUACCUGUUUGGUCAUGGAUGGCUGUCAUAGCUUGCCUCUAGCUGGAACAGCUUGUCAUGGUUCUAGUUUCCAGCAGUAAGGCAGCCUUGCAAAUAGCCUCCCCUCCCUCCCCCCAAUUUGCCCAGGGACAAAGGCCAGCAAACAGUCAGGAUUGUGGAAGCAGCUUCUUUGGGUGGUGUUCCCCAGGGUUCUCCUCAGGGAGGGUGGGCUGGGAAAACUGUGUGGGCGGCUGGUUUGGGUACUUUAUCUGCAAGGCUGACUUAGUCAUGUGAUGGUCAUUCCUUAAAAAUGUUACAGUGUAUUUGACUGCCUUGUUAGUUGGAAAAAAAAAAGUGGUGAUGUUGGUUUCUCUUUUGGAAAAUCUGAACAAUGUAAUGAUCGAUCCAUGUGAAACUCUAUUUUUAUGCGUUUGUAAACCUGGUUGAAUCUUCUCAGAGCAAUGUUUUAAAAUAUAUAUCUACAUAAAUAUAUAACAGUAAAAGCAAGUGAAUUGGGUUAAUGCCGGAAUCCUAGCUUAAAUUUGUUUAUAUGUAAAACUUGUGGCCUUUUUUUUUUAAGGCAGCAGGAUUAUUGUUUCAUCUUCUGAGUUGUCUCCUGGGGUUAUUUGUUUGGUUGCCACUUCAGCAAAUCUUUGUGUAGCACAUAUGGCUGUAGACAGUCAAACAGAGAGACCCUUACUGGGGAGUGGGGUGGGGGAAAUGUUUUUUUAAGUUAUCUCCAGAAUGGAAACCAAAUAAUCAAAUUUCAUUCAAUAAACGUUGAGUUCCUCUUC